CACUGGCACGAGCACUUGUUCGUUGCUCGCGAGCAAGCGGCCGUUGAAAACGAGCAUUGUGGGAAUUGUAGUUUUAUGCAAAGUUUUUAGCAACCGGCUAACUACCAACUUCUCAACGGCUGUUCCUGACUACUGUCGCCUACAACUUCAGAAUGCAAAACGGGCUGUGUAUAGAUGGCGGAGAGCAAUGACUGAGGAGUUUGAUGAAGAUGUGGUAUUUGAGAACUCUCCUCUUUUCCAGUACCUGCAUGAUCUAGGGCACACAGACUUUGAGGCAUGUCCAACUGCAUCACAGGAGGACGAAUAUGGCGGACAAGAGGGAGACCUCACCUCUCCCGACGAAGAUCCACGUAAAACAGGAGGACGCUUGUGGAGACUGGCUGAAACGUUGUGGAGAUGGAGUCCGAUUCACCAGGCAGCUGCAUCUCACAAGAUGGGCCAGCAGCUGGACUGUGUGUUCGGCCAGUACUCGGUGAAGUGCAUUCUGGACCAGGACGUGCUGCUGCAGGAGGAUGUGGAGCUGAUCGAGCUGUUAGACCCGAGUCUGCUCACCCUCAGCUCGUCUGCCUCUGGCUCAUCCAGCCGAGCGAGCACCCUGCCCAGACCGAGCCUCAUAGCCAGCCCCUCCCUCUGGGACGUGGCGGGGAUGGUCGGCCUGGCUGCGGUGCUGCUGGGUCUCUGCUCCGUGUCUGAGGGCCUGUGGUCGCUGGCCGCAGCCCCGUGGGGCCUGGCUCUGCUGGGCUGGCUGGGGCUGAGGGGGGUCACGCUGUGGAGACUGGGCCGCAUGCAGAGAGCCGUCCACACGCGGGCCACGCAGCUCCAGACUCUCGUCCACAAUAGUAAGACUCUGACCGGGCUGUCUCGCAAAGCCCUGCGCCUGGUGCAGGAGACGGAGGUCAUCUCCAGAGGGUUCACCCUGGUGAGUGCAGCCGGCUCCUUUAGCAGGGCGGGACCGGGGGUGGUGCCACGAGGCCAGCAGCUGAUCGGACUGAGGAAGGCUCUCUACCGGGCGCUCCGCACCGCCUUCAGAGCGUCACGUAGAGCUACAUGCCACAUGCUCAAGGCGUUCCCUCUGAACUCUGAGAUCGAUAAUGUGACCAAUUACGUAUCUGCGGUGCCUCUGAAGGAGCUGGGGCUCGGCCUGGGGGUUGAGCACCUGGGUGAUGAGCAGGCCCAGGAGCUGACGGAUGACUACAGCCUGCCUGCCCUGAAGAUGCUGUUCCAGCUGUGGGUGGGACAAAGCUCUGAAUGUUUCCGUCGACUGGCUCUUCUCCUGUCGCCCCAAAGAAUAGAGGAGCUAGAAGAGGACGGACCCAAUGGAGACACCGCCCCUCCUCCUCCUCCCCCGCUGCACCGCUCCAUCAUUGCAGUGACCGAGCCUCUCCAUCACGCUCUGGCUAGCUGCCUCUGCGAAGUGCAGCGCAGCUUCGACUUCCACCGACACUUUGAGACGCAGCUGAGGACGACUCAGGCUCAGGACAAGACGGGGAGAGCCCGGGAGAAAUGCCGAGAGCUCAACACCCUGCACACCUCCAUCCGAAGCCUGCAGCUGCACCUCAAGGCCCUGCUCAGCGAGAUGAUCAUCCUGGAGGACGACCUGGAGAAACUGAUGGUGUCCAAAGAACCGUCAGAAUUAACAUUCGAGGGCUACCAGGAACUCAGUGACCGUCUGCACCAGCUGCAGCCUCACAUGCAGGCCGGCACCGGCUGCUGGGAGGACACCAUCUGCCAGGUGGACCGCAUGCUGAGACGGGUCAACGCCUGUCCAGGUAAUGCUCAGGGUCCGGAGCAGUGUGGUCCCCCUGUGCAGGAGAUUCCUGCUCCUCCUCCAUCCUACCCGUUGAUCCUGGACAGAGACCCUGUCCCAGAAGAGCUGGAAUGGGAGGCCUACGUGUCCGAGUCAGACUCUGACGGUGAAGCCAGAGAGUCUUGGUCCGACAUCUUGUCACCGGAGGAACGGGAGCGGCAGCGCCGGGAGAGGGAGGAGUCCCGCCGCGUCCUGUCGGAGCUCAAAGCUGUGCUGGGCUUCCGCGCGUCGGAGGGGGAGAGGAUGAAGAGGAAGCAGCUGCUCUUCAACGACCAAGCGGCUGUGACGCCUUCAGCUCACAGUGAGAGUUUAGAUCCUGCCACAAAGCCGUCAGACGCUCCGACUUCUCUGGGAUCUGUAGAAAGUGGCGAUGAAGAAGAAGAGGGAAACCACUUUUCAGAGUGCUCUGCAGGAAACGAAGGGCAGGAAAGGGAGGAAGGCGAAGGUAGAGACGGCAGGGUGACGCCUGACCCCUCCGCAGAGCUGUUGACGGAGUUCAGCUGUGGUUUGGAGAAGGAAGGGGAUUUGGGAGGAACUUCAGUGUGCGCCAGAGGAGGAGGAGGAGAUUCUGAGCUGCACCAAUACGACGGCGUCCUGGAGGAAGGGGAGGGUCAAAAUGGACUGGACUGCUUCCUGAACCCUAAAGUCCCCGCUGUCUCUGUGAUGGACAGACUGACGGAGCUCCACGGCUCGGAGGCUCUCAGCUUCAGCUCCGCCCUCGCCGCUCAGGUGGCGGCACGCUCGCAGUCGCUCAUCGCCAUGGAGGAGCAGACGUUCGGAGACGACGAUGAGGAGGAUGAUGAAGAGGAGAGCGACAGACGAACCCCUGAGAAGGACUUGAAUUAAAAACCCCGCUGCUUUAACUAAGCACUGAGCAGAGACUGUAUUUAUGUCUGAUUGUCUUUUAUCGAUGGGUCUGUGUUACGUCUACUGUUUCUGGUGUGGAGGCAUUUCAAAUGUACCCCCAUCCGUCCAUUUUACUGUACGUUACCCACAAUCCUUAUUGCUCUUUCGCUGUUAAAACUCAGGUACCAGAACCACUAAAUACAAAAUAUGACCUUACAGUGUUGAGGUGAGAAGACCAGAAUGUCAAGAGUUUACUCGGUGACAUCUUCAGUAGGUGUGGAAACAAAGAUUGUAGGAAACAAGUGAUACGAUCCAUACAUAAAGAAACGUGUGAGUUCUUUGAGAGGAAAAUGGUUUUAAUUGCAGUUUUCAAAGCACUCCAAUCUGAGUUACUGUGAGGAAGGAGUUGAAGGUUGGACAGCAAUAUCCCUGAGACACAGUGGUACGUCUCUUUGUUCAGACGGAACGCAAAGUUAGAUCAAAUAUUUAGCCAAAGGAGCUGUCUGCGUUUCAUCUUGAAUGACUGAAUCCAAGCUCAUCUCGGUGCUUUAUGAAACGUACGGAGACCAGAGCGACGAGGAGGAAGACGGGAUGGAAAUAAUAAAAAAGAACCCGAGUUUCGGGCGAGUUCAGAAGAAAGAUACCCGGUUACAACUCCUGAAUUCAACUGAACCUAAAUAUUGCCAACAAAAUGUAGUUAUGGUAUUAAAAGUGAAAAAUGCUCUAAAAACAAACCAACUUUUAAAGGCUCAGCAUUUGAUUUAAAGUACUUUCCACCACUGCAGGUAUGUUGAACAGUCCAGAAGUUCACAAACCACGUGAGGCGUACAUUGGCUUCCCUUUCUAUCCGGACACGCCAAGAGCGUUUAUUUAUUAUGCUAUAAAUAAACCGAUAUUAAAGUGUACUAUACAACAAAUUGUUUAUUGAAUAAAGGAAAUUAUUCCCAACAUUAUUAUUCUUUAUUGAACAUUGACCUGAACACACAAAAGAACGAUAGUUACAUUUUAUUGUGCAGUUUUCUACCGAUGCUCUUUCAACUUACUCGCAGUGUCUUUCACGAUGUGUUGAUCGACUGAACUGUGAGCUGCUGUGAGGUUUAAAAUCAAAUACCUGCACGGGUAUAGUAAUACAACAUUGAGGUUGAUUUUCUCUUAUGUGAGUGCAAUCUAUAACUUUAUGUUUUAUAUGUUGCUAUAAGAGUCUGACAGCCCUGGUGUAUACCCCCACCCCUCCCCUUCCUAGUCUUCCUUGUCACCAUGUCUGCCUUGUCCUGACCCUUCCUUCACCCUCUCUCUCUCUGGGUGAGGUCUGCCCCCUCCUGCAUUUUCCAACGUGAAAUAAAAUACCAUUCUGAAAGUGUUCAAUAUA